ACGCUCCCUGACCUCUGUAGAAUUACGUCGUUCAUGAGUGUUUUAAUAAGCGAUGUGUGCAUCGGUAGCCACUCAGCGAUUUCCACUUGUUUAUAACUUGUUUUUACAAGUUGGCUAGCUGAUCCAUUUCUAUAACCCUGCUUCAGUCUGCGGGGAUGAGCAACAAACCAGUUACACACGAUCAGAACUGUCUGUGCCAUCAUAGUCAGACUAUACAAUGUCAAUGUCCCGCACAAAGGGAAGUCUGACCGUCAUGUCGCUGCAGGGGGGCCCAGGGUAAGAGAUGCGACUGGCGUUGCGCCUGGCAGUCGUGGCUGUCCCUAUGGGUGUGCUGCUGUCCCGGACCAUGGCGUGGAUGUCCAGCGGGAAGACGCAUCCAGAGCUCAUCAGCAGGCUGAGGGAUCACGGUGUGAUCCGCAGCAACACAGUAUUUGAUGCCAUGCUGGCCACAGACAGAGGACUCUACUCUCGAGACUAUCCUUAUGCAGACUCCCCUCAGUCCAUAGGUUACAGAGCGACUAUCAGUGCACCACACAUGCACGCUCACGCUUUAGAGCUGUUAAGUGAAAAACUAACAGAAGGGGCGUCAGCUCUGGAUGUGGGAUCAGGAAGUGGAUACCUCACUGCCUGCUUCGCAAGAAUGACAGGACCCAGUGGAAGAGUGGUUGGUAUCGAACACAUAGAUGAACUGGUUCAAAUGUCAAUAAAAAACGUGCAAGCUGACGACCCAGACCUGCUCUCUUCUGGACGUAUCAGACUUCUCGUGGGGGAUGGAAGGCUGGGAUUCCCAGACGGAGCACCGUAUGAUGCGAUUCACGUUGGUGCUGCUGCAGCUACUGUUCCUAAAGCUCUCUUGGAGCAGCUGAAGCCAGGUGGGCGGCUGGUUCUCCCAGUGGGUCCCGAUGGUGGCAGUCAGGUGUUAGAGCAGUAUGAUCGACAGAGUGACGGAACCUUCCUGAAGAAAGCUUUGAUGGGAGUGGUUUACGUCCCCCUGACUGACAAGAGGCAUCAAUGGCCCAGGAGAUGGCGUUGGUGCUGCGUCUCUGGGGCCCUGUAGCACUCCUCGAGGUUUCAGUGAGCUCCAGAAUAAACGGCCAUCUGCCCCAAUGUGUUGUCCCCAGCAAAGUACAAGGGAUGCAUCUGUUUUGCCCAACAAGGUUGUCUUCCAGGAGAGAUAAAAGAGCGAGCGACCACCGCUGGACUAAUGACCUUUCCACCAGUUUGCAUGGAGUUCAAAAUUGUAAUUACAACAUAAAGAGAUACAGUCUGUGUUCCACUCAGAUGAUGAUGGAUGAAAUUAUGUGUCUUCUCAUAAGAAUGCUUUGGUAUUAAUGCAGUAACUCAUAAAGAUAAAUCUAAAUACAAGCCAAGAGAUUUUAAAGCUAAUUAACAAAGUAAUCUAUAUUUUGUGAUAAGACCUGCUUCAUAUAAUAUAUGAAUGUCCGGUUUGACAUUGUUGCUGUAGAACAGAAGGGGCAUUGUGCCAAACAUUGAUCAACUGAGGCACUUAACUUAAACUAUACAAAAAUUGUAAUUAUGUGUACACUCACCAGAUUUAUUAAUAAAACCUAA